UUUCAUGUUUGUAUCCACCAUCCUUCUCUAUUAUGACGCGAAAUCAGCUGUGGAUAUAUAGGCCCACAACCAUUUUUUAUCAAUGCAAGCAUUGGUUCUAAAAAAAGUUCACGAUUUAAUCAUUGAAGAACGUGAUAUUCCGGAACCAGGAGAAAAUGAAGUUUUAAUAGAGACAGCAUAUGUAGGCAUUUGUGGAUCUGAUGUGCAUUAUUGGCAAGAAGGUAGGAUUGGAGAUUUUGUUUUAAAUAAACCUAUGAUCAUGGGCCAUGAAACAAGUGGGGUUGUUUGCAAAUUGGGAUCACAAUUAGUAAAUCCAUUGCAGAUUGGCGAUAGAGUAUGUAUAGAACCAGGUGUGCCUUGUAGACAUUGCUCCUUGUGCAAGGCCGGAACUUAUAAUUUGUGCCCUCUUGUUAAAUUUCACGCCACUCCUCCUUAUGAUGGUACCUUGAGACGUUAUUUCGCCCAUCCUUCAGAUUUCUGCCACAAGAUUCCCGCUGAAAUGAAUAUGCAGAUGGCAGCUUUGGUGGAGCCUAUGGCCGUAGGCUAUUUUGCCUUAUUGCGUUCUCGUAUGCCAUUCGGCGGUACUGUUUUGAUAUCCGGAGCGGGGCCUAUCGGCCUUUGCUGCCUCAUUUGUGCUAUAAACAUGGGAGCUUCCAAGGUGUAUAUAACAGAGACUCUUACAGGGUUGUCAGAUAUGCUGGAAAAUAGGCUUAAAGCUGCUAAACUUUUGGGAGCUGAUCACACAUUGCAGAUAAUACCUUCUUCCCCGGAUACUUUUAACCUCACAUUCGCUGAUAAAGACGCCAAUGACCCUAAUAAAAACCGAUUUGAAACUUUUUUCGAAAAACAUGAUAGACCAGAUGUCACCUUUGAAGCAACUGGUUCUGAAAGCGGGAUAGAAUUGGCUCUCAAAGUGACUAAACCUGGAGGAAAGCUGAUAUGCAUAGGCUUUUCGUUUCAUCCCACCAAAAUCAAAGUUGCUAACAUUAUCGUCAAGCAAAUCGAUAUCCUGGGCAUUUUUCGAUACGCUAAUUGCUUUCCCCAGACCAUUUCUCUUUUACAUAAUUGCCGAAAUAAGGAAGAAAUUCGCAAAAUCAUGAUAACCCACAUGUUUAAUUUCUCAGAAAGUCUUGAAGCUUACACUGUUGCCAAAGAAAAUAGUCGGAAUAACGCUGUAAAAGUCAUGAUAAAGGUAUCGGAUCAUGACAAAUAACCUAAUAAUAUGAUUUAGUAAAAAAUUUUUAAAUUAUCUUUCUCUUCACUCAAUAAUGUUUUAUUAAUUACAAAAAAUGAUAAAAUUCUCUUCAUAGAGCUUUUCACUAUUCAU